GAAGUCGUGGGCGCACUUGCCGGAAGGAGCCUGCUCCACGAGGUUUUAGGAGAGAGGGCCGCCGAGUCUGAGUUACCUGUGCGGUGGUCAGCGUGAUGCCCAAGGCGAAGGGGAAGACUCGGAAACAAAAGUUCGGUUACAAUGUUAACCGGAAACGUCUGAACCGGAACGCUCGACGGAGGGCAGCCCCGCGGAUCGAGUGCUCCCACAUCCGACAUGCCUGGGACCACGCCAAAUCCGUGCGGCAGAACCUGGCCGAGAUGGGGCUGGCUGUGGACCCCAACAAGGCGGUGCCCGUCCGUAAGAGAAAGGCCAAUGCCAUGGAGGUGGACAUAGAGGACAGGCCUCAGCAGCUCGUGCGGAAGCCCUAUGUGCUAAAUGACCUGGAGGAAGAAGCCAGCCUCCCAGAAAAGAAGGAUAACACACUGUCUCGGGACCUCAUCGACUAUGUACGCUACAUGGUGGAGAACCACGGGGAGGACUAUAAGGCUAUGGCCCGGGAUGAGAAGAAUUACUACCAAGACACCCCGAAACAGAUUCGGAGUAAGAUCAAUGUCUAUAAGCGUUUUUACCCAGCGGAGUGGCAAGCCUUCAUUGACUCUUUGCAGAAGAGUAAGAUGGAGGUUGAGUGACUGGUUUACGCCUGCCCCAGGCUGAAGCCUCCCCCUGGACCCGAGAAGCUGGAGCCAGGGUUUACGGCAAGGAGGGGUGUGCGGUUAGAGAUGGUGCUGGCCCCAGCCCAUUCUCAGGGCCAGGCCUGCCUGAUUUGGGUGACAUGAGAAA